UGUUGUUGUAUCCCUUCGCCGCUGUCGUAAGAGGAAAACAGCUGUGGCGAACUAAUGCUAGUUAGCGUCGUUUGUUUUUUGCCGUGUGUCAGCGAUUCGAGUAGUUCUUUAAGAAAACCCCGAGUGACCGACUUGUUGUCUGUCACCUCUUAUAACGAUGAAGUUUCAGUAUAAGGAGGAACACCCCUUUGAGAAAAGGCGGUCCGAAGGCGAGAAAAUAAGAAAGAAGUAUCCGGACAGGGUACCAGUAAUUGUGGAGAAAGCCCCAAAAGCCAGAAUAGGAGAUCUGGACAAGAAGAAAUACCUUGUUCCCUCCGACCUGACAGUGGGCCAGUUUUACUUCCUCAUCCGGAAAAGAAUCCACUUGCGAGCUGAGGAUGCUCUCUUCUUCUUUGUAAACAAUGUCAUUCCACCCACCUCAGCUACCAUGGGACUGUUGUACCAGGAACAUCAUGAAGAGGACUUUUUCCUCUACAUUGCUUACAGUGAUGAGAGUGUGUAUGGGAACAGCCAAAGGGAAAUCUGAUCCCACCACACCCCACCAACCACUACCCUCCUUUCUGAGACCUCCACCCUUCAUUCAUUUAAAUAUUAAAUCCAGCUCAGCAGCCUAGAGCUCCCAGAGUAAAUAUAUUAAAUGCACUUUCAUCACUGCUCACAUCUAUUCGUCUUUAUUAUUCUACAGUUUGAAUUGUAUUUUCCUCCGCUUCAGUAGUAAGUUCGGUUAAGUGGUCUCAUGGCCAGUUAUUUUUUUAGUGUCAUAAUUGAUAAUACUAUACUAAAAAAAUGAAAGUGUUGAAAAAAUGUUAGAACUAGGCCAUAAUUAUAGUUGCUCCAGGGUUAAGGGAAGAAAUCAGUUAAAAUUGGCUCUGACUGA